ACACAUACACAUUCGCGCACAAGUCCCUGCACGCACGCACGCGCUCACUCACACUCACUCACUCACUGACUCCUCGCGCUCCUCUCGCCCGGCGGCGCGGCCAUGGCAGACAGCGCGAGCGAGAGCGAUACGGACGGCGCGGGCUGCAGCGCCACCGCCCCGCCGCUCUCCUCCUCCUCCUCGCCCGCUGCUUCAGCGCCCGGCGGCGGCAAGCAGGGCGUCGUGAUCUCGCAGUUUCGGCUGGAGGAGCUGACGAACCGGCUGGCCUCGCUGCAGCAGGAGAACAAGGUGCUGAAGAUCGAGCUGGAGACCUUCAAGCUGAAGUGCAAAUCCCUGCAGGAGGAGAACCGCGACCUGCGCAAAGCCAGCGUCACCAUCCAAGCGAGGGCAGAACAAGAGGAGGAGUUUAUCUCCAAUACUUUGUUUAAGAAGAUCCAGGCACUGCAGAAAGAGAAGGAGACAUUGGCCGUGAACUAUGAGAAAGAAGAGGAAUUCCUUACUAAUGACCUGUCCCGGAAGCUCAUGCAGCUCCAGCAUGAGAAGGCAGAGUUGGAGCAGCAUUUGGAGCAGGAGCAGGAGUUUCAGGUUAAUAAGCUGAUGAAGAAGAUCAAGAAGCUGGAGAACGACACCAUCUCCAAGCAACUCACCCUAGAACAACUGCGCCGUGAGAAGAUCGACUUGGAGAACACUCUAGAACAGGAACAGGAAGCUCUGGUGAACCGACUCUGGAAGCGGAUGGACAAACUGGAGGCUGAGAAAAGGAUCCUGCAGGAGAAGCUGGACCAGCCUGUGUCUGCUCCGCCUUCUCCACGGGAGGUUUCCAUGGAGAUUGACUCUCCUGAGAACAUGAUGCGGCACAUUCGCUUUCUGAAGAGCGAGGUGGAGAGGCUGAAACGCAGCCUGCGCACAACAGAGCUACAGCACACUGAGAAGAGGGCUCAGUACAUUGAGGAAGAGCGGCAAAUGCGUGAGGAGAACAUGCGUCUGCAGAGGAAGCUGCAGAGAGAGAUGGAGAGGAGAGAGGCUCUGUGCAGGCAGCUCAGCGAGAGCGAGAGCAGUCUGGAGAUGGAUGAUGAGAGGUAUUUUAAUGAGAUGUCUGCUCAGGGAUUGAGAACUCGCACCGUGUCCAGUCCCAUCCCCUACACUCCCUCGCCCUCCUCCAGCCGACCCAUCUCCCCAGGUUUGUCGUACGCCAGUCACACGGUGGGCUUCACGCCUCCAGCCACGCUCAGCCGGGCCCCCCUCCCUCACUACACCCCCCAAGGACUGCACAUCCACCCAGGACCCUCCCACGGAGUUCAGAGGCCGUCCCCCAGGAGAAGCAACAGCCCGGACAAGUUCAAGCGCCCCACGCCCCCUCCCUCUCCAAACACACACUCCGGGGCACAGCAGCACCCUCCCCCGCCGCCCCCUCCUCCAGCACAGCCGGGGCUACAGUCCGGCCCCUCCCAGCACUCCGUCCAGCCUUAAUGCAUGCGCCGCGAAAACCACCACACGCUAGGCUAGGCUACAAACCACCAACUACCAGCCCAUCCUCCACUGGGCCACUGCUAAAGCGGGCGAGAGCGGGGCGGCUUCGGACGGACUGGACGAGAGACAACUUGGACUGUGAGGUUUUAGCGGAAGAGAGUUGAGUCGGCCGGUGGCCAACGUCUUGAUUUGGGCUCAAACGCACUGUUUAAAACUCAGAGCGCGAUCGAGUCACGUGAUUUGCUUUAGAAUGGAAGAGAUGCUUUGUGGGAAGCAUUUAGAUGAUUUAAAUUUUUGGGGGGUUCUUUUUUUAUUUUAUUUUAUUUUGUUUAUUUUGGAGCUGUCUGGCGCUUCCCAACCCUGCUCCCUCUGGGUGCUAAAAUGUUAGCAGAGUGAAUUUUGCACCAAACUAACCAAUUUAUUCCCAUUUAAACCAGGUAUAAACACGCCUGCAUCUGUAUCCUGGUGUUUACUGAAUUAAACAGAAAACUUACAGAAAAUAGAAAUGUAACUGGUGUAAAUACAACCCAAGACCCAUUUACAGGAGGAAGCUGAGCUCCAGAAGGAGUAAUAGGAGCUGGGAAGUGCUCUCUAAAGCACAGCUGAUGUGGGAGAGCCUAAAGCAGGUUGAUUUUGUUUCUUUGUUCUUUAGGUUAUUGUAAAACCCAUACGAGGCUGUGAAACGCAGUGUGUAGAGAAGGUAAAGGCAGGACAGUAACGGCAAAAAACUUCGACAGCACUUGUUGCCACUUUUGCAUGUGUGUAUAAAGAGUGCAGUGUGAGUGUGUGUGAGUGAAUUGGUGUUGGUGGAAGUUGCUCUUUUAAGCUGAUCUGAGAUCGGGUUUUGAUCUUGCUCUUGUAACUGUUAAAGAUUUCAACCAAACAGUGCUAACAACAGAGUUUGCUUACGGUUCUCUGUAAAAAAAAGAAAAGAAAAAAAAAAAGAAAAGAAAUGGCCUGUAGAGAUGGAGUUGGAAUCGGUUCAUUCAAAACUACACAGUAUGAUCACUGCUGCUGUGAAUACUGCUAAUACUAUAGUAUAUUAAACACCUGUCAAUUGUUUUAAUUCAAAGUAAUCUGCUCAUUUACUUUGAUUACACAAAUAUCUUAAUCAAAGCACCCAGAGAGAAACCCUUCUGGCACUGUGAUUGGCUACAAUCAUUAGCAUUAUGUAGCUUCCAGACCUCAAAUAAUGCAAAGAAAACAAGUUCAUAUUCAUGAAGUUUUAAGAGUUCAGAAAUCAAUAUUUGGUGGAAUAACCCUGGUUUUUAAUCACAGUUUUCAUGCAUCUUGGCAUGUUCUCCUCCACCAGUCUUACCCACUGCUUUUGAAUAGAUUUAUGCAUAUCCUGUUGCAAAAAUUCAAGCAGUUCAGCUUGGUUUGAUGGCUUGUGAUCAUCUAUCUUCUUCUUGAUUAUAUUCCAGAGUUUUUUCAAAUACUGGCCUAAAGAAUUUGAAUAAUUGGGUGUUUGUUUAUUAAAUUGGCUUUGUCUGCAAACAAAUAAGCUUAAAGCAUGCAGCACAUUUUAUCAGCAAAUGGCUUUUUUUUUUUUUUUUGCUCAUAAAAUAUCUUGAGGGAAGCCCUCGUUCAGGGUAGCUGAGUACUACAUUAGAUGGAGAAAAAAAAAAUAAGAUGUUGAUAAAUAGUGUUUAUUGAAAUACAAUCCAAAAGUAUCAAUUUAAACAUUUUAAAGAAAGCAGACUGCAUAAUAAAAAGUAAAUAAUAUGAUAAAAUCCGGUGUCAUUGACGUAAAUGGUAAAAACCGGUAAAUAAAUAAAUUUGUUUUAAAAUCAAACAGAGGCACAAAUGGCACAAACAAAACCUAAACUGGGUAAUGACAAUAUAAAAUAGGAAAGGUUAAAAUAUGGGUGUCAACUUUUUAUUAACCAACAACUGCUAUGCUAUUGGAGAUAGUGCUGCCAUGGAGUCACCAUUAAUUUGAUCUGAUCUUAAAUUUAAGAUAUUAGUUUAAAUUUCACUUAAAUUGCCCACUCACCACUAUGAACACAAAUAGGCCGGUCACGAUUACACUUUUUAUGAGCAACAUAUCGUCCCAGAAAUGAUUGUGAUAAACAAUAUUAGUCAUUAUUAGACCAUUAAACUGAUUAUAACUGAUUAUACUCUUUUAAAAACAACAUUUUAAUUAAUCAUAGUUUGGGAAGUAUAUACACUACUGGAAUACUUUUACUGUUAUAUAUGUGAACAAAUGUACAAAUAAACACAAUAGACGAUAUUGCGAUGAUUAAUUAUGAUUAACAUGCAUUUUUUGUACGAUAAGUCAAUAAUUUGAUUAUCGUGACAGCCCUAAAUACAAAUAUAAAUUUUUAACAAAUUAUGGUAUAUAUUUUACAAUAAGUGAGUAUAUUAAGUAAGAUUUCUGGUGCUCUUUCGAAAGCUUUUUACACCUGGUUGCUUCCUGUCUCUAGUAUCUGGAUUGUCACUGAUCAGGUUUGAACCACUUCAGUAAGACAGAUUUUUGUGUGCAAAUUCUCCUUUUUCGGUUGCACUGAAAGGAGGAGCUUCGUCUGUGUUUACUCUGCUAGAGUUUGUCUCAGAUACCUCUUAGUUUACCUCCUGCAGUGGUUUGAGUGAUCUGAUUUGUUUGAUCUGUGUAAAAGUGUUUCUGGGUGCGUUUACACUUGCUAGAUUUUUAAGUGGUUUGGUCUUAAUCCAGAUGUAAUCCUGAUACUCGUGAUGCAUAUGAAGUGAUCAAGUGUGAACAGGAUCGGAGGGAGAUUAGGGUGGCAAAUCCAGGUCCAGAAAGUGGACCUCUAAAAUCCUGGGCUGGAUUUUUACAUUUCGGACCUGGAUUUGCCAAUAUUUCUCAAAAACCAAUGUUAGUUUCUUCAAGCAGACUGAAACUGUGUCUUUGAAUGCUGCUUCUCUACGCUCUACAGUACAGUGAAUACAAUACAGAAUAUACCAUUGUUCCAGUUAGCAUUAUUUUGUUAGCCAUGUUAGCAUUGUUUGUUUGGCAGUGUUUGGUUGAAGUUCCUAAUCCAGCACAUUUUUAGUCUUAGUGUCUAUCUAAAAGAAAGCAAAAUGAGGACUGCUCUAUAAUAAUAUUUCUUGAUAAUAAUAUGUAGUUUUGGACACCCUUGGCCUUAAGCCUUGAGGAACUUUCCAGCAAUCUAUCUGCUGUAUCUAUUGUAUAAAAUACAGUUAAAUACAGUUUACAGUACAGUGCAGUACUUUAACCAAAUUGUAUGAUCAGGUUUUAAAGCAUUGUUGCAUUAUCGUCCAGUUCUUUUAACUGGAACUAUUUCCAAAUCCUUCUCAAGGUUAUUUUGGGGUAUAUAAAACAAGAAGCACUGAAACUGCAGUGCUUCCUCAAUUAGGAUUAUAGAAAAAGAAAAGUUGCUUAGAACAUCUAAUAAAGUUCCUCACAGGCAGUCCAGACCUUUAAAACAGUCUUGAGAGGUCAAACCAGGUCUCAGAUCUGCAGGCAUGGGCCGCUCCUCCAUGGCUCCUCUCUGUCCACCCCCAUCGUAAGGCUCUGGAGAAGAACAGAGGGAAGAAUGAGGAAGACUAAGCAAAUGCCCACAACUUAACUGUCACUGUCAUUAAAAUAAAACAAUACCAACAGUACCAACAGCAGCAGGUGAGAUACAAGGUACUGUUGAACAAAAUUAACCUUGAUACGAUUAAAAGCUUGUACAAAA